AGAGUCCCACCGCAUCGUGUGGAUCGCCAGGCAAGGACCUCUGCUCCUGUUGAAACGACAAACCCGUGUCACCAACUGUGCUGGCCGUCGCAUCAGUGUCUCCCCAUGAUGUAGACAAACCCGCAUCUAGUCUCCAAACACACCGCUUGGCCAUCACGCCACUGCGAGUUGGUUCCAAGAGAUUCUUCCUGCAGACCAUAAAGUCAAACUGGUACCGUGCCAAUGAGUUUUGCAACUACCAGAAUAUGCGCCUCGCCACCAUUAGCAGUCAAGAGGAGAACGACAAAGUAGCCAUGUACAUCAAGAACAGCGGUUUGGGCGGUGAAUAUUUCUGGAUAGGGGCCUCUGAUCUGGCUCAGCAAGGCAAGUACGUCUGGAUGUCGACGGGUGAGCCCGUGGUGUACAGCAACUGGUUGGCAGGAGAGCCGAAUCACCUGACGGAAAACGGCGAAGUCGAACACUGCGUUCAUUUGUGGGAGCAGAGCCAUGGCUUUACUUGGAACGACAAGAUUUGCUCGACCUUAUUUAACUUCAUUUGUGAGAUGUGAUUAAAUACCUAGCAUUUUCUAUGACA